AUGGAUAUCGAUGAUAUUCUUGCUUCUGUCGACCAGGAUGAUAUCAACCGCCCCGAAUUCGUAGCUCUCGACCAUCAGCAACUCACCCGAUUUUGGGUAGCGGAGCGCGCUGCGCCAGAGUUAUUACCAUGGCCAGGGCCAUUGAUGGACCGGAUGAUGGAAAGAGUUAGGAAACAGAUCUCCAAGAUCGAAGACCUUUCCACCUCCGACCCCGCCAGCACCACCGCGAACAAUCCCACCCUCAACCUCACCCUGUCAAUACUCCAGUCCGACCUCUCCCGGACACAAUUCCUCAUCCGCUCCUUACUCCGUCAGCGACUAGCCAAACUGACCAAGCACGCGAUACACUAUCUCCGCCUCUCGUCCGCAUCCGCAUCCGCAUCCCAACCGCCAGCACCCUACCAGCAUCAACAGCCCAAUCUGCUCUCCCCACAAGAACACUCCUUUCUAUCCGCACACCACACCCUCCUCUCCGAACACUACUCCCACUCCUUUCUCGGUGCCUUCCCUCCCGCGCUGCGCAGGCUCGACGACAACGCUGGCGGGACGAGCAUGGUGACUACGCCUGAGACCAAGGAAGUAGUGUUUGUGCGGUGUUUGGCGGAGAGUGUGCAUGUGAUUAUUCCCGCUGAGCCGGAGCAGGCGGAUCGGAUGAGUUUGGGGGUGGGAGAUAGGUUGGGCGGGAAGAUGGGGAAGGGGGAGGUGUGGAUGGUGAGGUGGGAAGGGAUCAAGGAGGCUUGGGCAAAGGGGGAGGUCGAGAUUCUUUGA